CCUUCCCUGCCUCCUUCCCUCCCUCUCCCGCUGCCUCUCCGUGUUUGCGUUUGACAAAGAAAUGAUUUGAACUUCCCGGAGCCGCAGAAAAUCGGGAUCCCGAGGCGCAGCCGGGCCCAUAUGGAUGCGAUUUUCCCGGCUCUCUCCCAGAUGAUCCAGCGGCACCGGGAGCCGCGGAGCUGAGCGGCUCCGCUGCCUCUGCCCAUGGGCUCCGCCGCGGAAUUUUGGGAGCUGCCCGCCACUCCAGCCAUGAGAAAACGAGGAAAAGCCCCGGGAUCUCUCGUCAUGUGCCUCUCCGGCUGAAAACCGGGGCAGCGCAAGCAACAAACCCCGCGGAUCCCGCAGGGACGGGAGGGAGGAGGAGAAGGAGAAACCCGCGCCGCUGGAAUUCCGAGCUCCCGCUUCCCUGCGCGAGGCUGGAUGCUGGAAUCAGCCCCUUGGAUAUGGGAUCAUAUCUGGUGUAUCCCAGCCUGGGUUUGAUCCUCUGCUGCUCCGUGCUCAGCUCCGUCUACGCGCUGGUGGAUGCCGACGAUGUCAUCACCAAGGAGGAGCAGAUCUUCCUCCUGCUGAAGGCCAAGGCCAAGUGCGAGCGCCACCUGAAAGCCAAGGUGCCCAAGGUGCACGAUGGCUUCUGCCUGCCCGAGUGGGACGGCAUCGUGUGCUGGCCCGAGGGCGUGCCCGGCAAGGUGGUGGCCAUGCCAUGCCCCGAGUACAUCUACGACUUCAACCACAAAGGCCACGCUUAUCGCCGGUGUGACCUGAACGGGAGCUGGGAGCUGGUCCCGGGCAACAACCGCACCUGGGCCAACUACAGCGAGUGUGCCAAGUUCCUCACCAACGAGACGAGGGAAAGGGAGGUCUUUGAUCGCCUCUAUUUGAUUUAUACUGUUGGAUACUCCAUCUCCCUGGGAUCCCUCACAGUUGCUGUCCUUAUCCUGGGAUACUUCAGACGUUUGCACUGCACUAGGAACUACAUCCACAUGCACCUGUUUGUGUCCUUCAUGCUGAGAGCCGUCAGCAUCUUCGUGAAGGAUGCGGUCCUGUACUCCGGGUCAGCCCUGGAGGAGAUGGAGCGGAUCUCCGAGGAAGAUUUGAAAUCCAUCACGGAAGCACCUCCAGCGGAUAAAUCGCAGUUUGUGGGCUGUAAAGUAGCUGUCACCUUCUUCCUCUACUUCCUGGCAACCAAUUACUACUGGAUCCUGGUGGAAGGGCUCUAUCUCCACAGCCUCAUCUUCAUGGCAUUUUUCUCAGAGAAGAAAUAUCUUUGGGGAUUCACGUUAUUUGGCUGGGGACUCCCUGCUGUGUUUGUCACAGUGUGGGCCAGCGUCAGAGCCACUCUGGCCGACACAGAGUGUUGGGACUUGAGUGCUGGCAAUUUAAAGUGGAUUAUUCAGGUGCCCAUCCUGGCAGCUAUCGUGGUAAAUUUUAUUCUCUUUAUCAAUAUUAUCAGAGUCCUCGCAACCAAGCUCCGAGAGACGAAUGCAGGGAGGUGCGACUCGAGACAACAGUACAGGAAGCUGCUGAAAUCUACCCUCGUCCUUAUGCCUCUGUUCGGCGUUCACUAUAUUGUUUUCAUGGCUAUGCCAUACACAGACGUGUCAGGGAUUCUUUGGCAAGUUCAAAUGCACUAUGAAAUGCUGUUCAACUCUUUCCAGGGAUUUUUUGUUGCCAUCAUAUACUGUUUUUGCAACGGGGAGGUCCAAGCAGAAAUUAAGAAGUCAUGGAGCAGGUGGACUUUAGCACUUGACUUUAAAAGGAAAGCCCGGAGUGGGAGCACAACCUACAGUUAUGGACCAAUGGUUUCCCACACCAGCAUCACAAACGUAGCCACCAGAGGGGCCCUCGCCCUCCACCUCAACACCAGACUUAUUCCAGGGACCCUCAACGGCCACCGGAAUUUGCCAGGUUAUGUGAAAAACGGCUCCAUUUCCGAGAAUUCCAUGCCUUCCUCCGGCCCGGAGCAGUACAACAAAGACGAGGAAUACCUGAACGGCUCCGGGCUUUACGACGGAGACAGACCCACGGUCCUUGUGGAAGAGGAGAGAGAGACAGUGAUGUAAAGGCGGGAGGAGGGGGAAAAAAAAAAAUUCAGCCAAAGGAUGAAAAAGGUUCCUGGAGUGGAGCAUUUAGUGGGAAAAGACCAUCAGGCCACGCAGCGGAUUCCAAGGGUUUCCAUGCAGUUUCUCCGUUCUGUGGAAUGAGAGAUUAAGUUAUUUGGGGGGGGGAAAAAAAAAAAAGCGAGCCACCGACGUGGCCAGCGGGUGAUCCCAUCCAUGAAUUCCGUGACCCAGAGCUCUCCAGACCUGCUGGACACCAGAGAUCCUGGGAGGGAUCUGCGUGGUCCUCGGAUUCCUCGGGGAGCGUGGGCGGCCAAGGAGGACGGGAGUGUCCCCCGGGAAAGCGGGAGGCGCGCAGGGAGGGAGCGGUGCCAUCGUCCUGGGAGGGGACAAGGCAGGCUGGGCGCUGGCUUUGGUUUGUUCUCUGCCUGUGAACCUGCCUGGUGACACACACGGGGACGGGAACGGUCACGUGGGGUACGACCGGUCCCGUUCUUCUUCCCUUGGGAAUUCUCACUCCUUGGCAAAAUGCUCCUCUGGGGGUGGGGAGGGUUAACAGCUCAUGGAUGCAGGUGGGGGUGGUCCUCUCUUUUCCCUGAGUUCUGGGAGCAAGGCAGGAACCGGGACAAUCUGGGUGUGGUUAUGGGAAUGUGCGGAAUUCCUGCUCUUCCAGAGGGGGUGGUGGAGAGGGAACCACUGCAGGCGUGGAAUUUGCACAUCCCAGAGGGGUCUUUGUGGCUAAAAUCGGUUUCCGGGGUGGAUAAGUCAGCCCUCCCUUUUUGAGGGUGCUCCUGGAAAGCGGCUUCAGUCCUUCCUUAAAGCUCGGAAUUGUUCCUCACUCUGCCCUCGGAAUGUCCUGUUCCACAGGGUCAUGGAAUCCUGGAAUGGUUUGGGCUGGAAGGGACCUUAAAAGGUCAUCUCCCACUCCCAGGGACACCUCCCACUGUCCCCGGCUGCUCCAAGCCCUGUCCAACCUGGCCUUGGACACUUCCAGGGAUGGAGGAUCCACAGUUUCUCUGGACAAUUAAUCCAAACCCUAAGGAGGAGAAAGACUCCACCAUCAGCAACCAGCUGCUCUUCUGAGGGCUAAUUAAGGGUUAAUUUCCCCAAGCUCUGAAGGGAGCCAGGAAGAGAAGGUGGGAUCCUGACUUUGUGUCCCAAAUCUUUAUCAGCCUCUCAGACUAGGGCCUGACCAGAUCCCAGUGGAAUCCAGGGAGAAAUCUCCUCCCUCUGACAUGUCUGGGGUUUGGAUUCAGAUUCAGUGGGGGAUGUGGUGGCUGUGAGGUUCUGACAGGAGCUGGAGCUCCUCUCCAUCUAUCGCAGGGCACAGAAUCCCAGAAUCCCUGAGGUUGGAAAAGCCCUCCAAGAUCAUCGAGUCCAAUCCCCAGCAGAGCCCCCAGUGCCACAUCCAGGAAUUCCUUGGGCACCUCCAGGGAUGGGCACUCCAAACCUCCCUGGGCAGCUCCUUCCAAUGUCUGAGCUCCCUUUCCAUGGGGGAAUUCCUGCUGCUGUCCACCCUGAACCUCCCCUGGCCCAGCCCGAGGCCGUUCCCUCUUGUCCCGGAUAGAAAUCUUUGACAGCCAAUAUUUAUUUGUGAUAUUCUUUUCUUGUUUUAAGUCAAACCUCAUCAUAACCAUUUCCCACCAAGUGAGAGGCAGCAAAAUAUCAACUUUUCAGAAUUUAAUCCGUUUUCCUGCUCUCUUCUUCUACCCUUCCUGAUUUUCUGGCUCAGAGACGUUUCUUAAUUAUCAUUUCACUGCUGGAACAAAGUGAAAAAAUACCAAAAACCCCAACUGGUGACUCACUCUUUGCUUGUGUUUAUUACUCAAGAUUGAGAACAUUUGACAAUCCCUCAGAAAUUCAAGGAAUCAGCAAAAGCCAUAAAUUUAUUUAUAAACAAACAUAACCCCCCCUCCUAAAAUGCAGCUCUCACUGAGAUGAAUUCAACACUGGGUUAUUUAGGAUUAAAAUCAAUCAAACCUGUUGUUAAAAGUAGAUAAAAAUUACAGGCACGAGGGUUGUGCAGGGAAAAGAAAUAUAUAUAUUUUUUUAAAUCAUUUUGAAUUGCAAAUCACAAAUAAAUUUUUCUUCUCUGGA